AUGAGAAUGACUCCCUUCGAAUUGAAGUCCCGAAACCUCUUCAUCUCCUCGUCCGACAACGCCACCAUCGACAUCUACUCCCUAACCACCGCCGACGACGAAAACGCCGCCAUUAGUACCGACACAUCCACCGUCACAUCCGACGACUGGAACCUCGUGGCCUCCGCCGGACCCCUGGCCAGAACCUACGAUUCCCUCAAGGUGUUCGACAAAAUGAUCAAAGGCCGGCCGCUCAGAAACCUCGCCGAGGAUCUCACCCAGUCGCACCUCUUGGUCAACGUCGAAGGCCUCUGCUUCCUCGACGUCACCAGCUACGUCAACCCAAUCCUCGGAUUCCACUACUUCCGCCUCCAGGAUCUGUUCCUCUGGUCCCGCCACGUGGCAGGGGAAAACGUUACAACAACCACCGUGUGGAACCCACGCGACAUCGUCUACGGCAACGUGGCAGUCGACUACGCCGGUCAAAUCGCUGACAAGGACGCCGAGCUGGAAACGUUGACCCGCCACGUGGACGAUGCGGAGGUCCAGCUCGUGGUCACGAGGGGCGAGCUCGACUACUACCGGAAGCACUACUGGGGCGCGGCGCAGCCGUCCCAGCUCGCCGUCGCCGACGUCGGAGCCAUUGAGAGGAGGCGCCGGCCGCUUCCUUCGGCGACGUUUGCCCGGGGUGGGGAUAGCGGGAAGCUGCGGGUUCCGUCGUUGGACGGGAAGGCGGUGGAUGAUUUUGUGGUGAUUGAUGAUGGUGAUGAAGGGUUGGUGGGGCCGGCGCCGGAGUUUAAGGUGGGGUGGGAGGCGGCGAAGGGAGGGAAGUUCGACACGUGCGACUGGUGGUACGUGCGGACGAGCGACCCGGACGGAGGGUCAACGAUGGUGGCGUACUACGACGGCGGGUUUGACCAUGUGGAGUUUUAUAAUGGGAAGACGGGGAGGAAAGAGCGGGUGGCGGUGCCUUGUGCGGUGGACGGCAGCUUUAGGGCCACCAGGCAUCUCAGGCUCGCUACUUUGUCGUCGUUGCAGUUGAGGGUCGUGUUCAGUUACAUUCCCCCUAUCCCAGUAUUUGAGAAAUAA